AUGACUACCGUGACUGAGUGGUUUGACAAACUGGUGGUUUCGUCCGAGGAUGCGCCACACCGUGCGGCACUGGCAACGGGACUGGAGUCGUUAAAAUCGAACCCUAACGAUGCAGAUGCCUUAAAAACGUGUUUAGUCGCACUGAUUAACCUCGAAAGGUAUGAAACUGCUGCUGACUGGGUGAAAAAUAAGUUUCCUGGUGCUGUUAGAAGUGACAAUUAUCACACUUUGACUGAGCGCGCAUAUAUUUAUUACAAAACCGAGGAUAAGGAAUCUCUUAUACGGGCCAGACAUGAGGCUGAUGGUCGUGAACCUUUACUUCAUGUUCUCGCUCAGCAUUUCUACCGCAUUGGCAAUUACGAAGAGGCUUUGGCCAUUUACAGAGAUUUGAUCAAGGAGAAGAGCAAUUUGCUGGAUUCUUGCGUCAAUGAGAGGGCUGUGAUCGCUGAAUCGGGCUCUGGAAUUGCGCCUACCGCUUUAGAAGCUACUGACUCCUAUGACCUGGCGUUCAACGAGGCUUCUAUUGCAAUCAGCAGAUCCAGGUUUGAAAAGGCUGCCGGUUUAUUGGCUUUGGCCAAGUCCAAGUGUGAGACUGCCAUGGAAGGUGCCGAUCCACAGGAGGCCUUCAAUGAGUUGGCACCUAUACUCAUCCAGCAGGCUUAUGUGGCACAGCGGGAGGGAAAGUUUGAGGAAGCGAAUGAGAUUUUGGCUGGGUUGGAUGUUGGCAGACUGGGAGAUGAGGGCCUGAAACUGAUAGUGAUAAACAACAAACUGUCCAUUAAAGGCUAUACCAAUGCUCUGGAAGGUGUCAAUCCGAACCUUUUGUACAGGCAGUUGGGAUUUCCCAACUCCAUCUCCAAUGCAAGUCAGAAAUUAACACUUGCGCAGAAAGCUGCUUUACAAAGGAAUGAGCUAGUCAUUGGUUCUCACGCUGGUAAAUCAACCUCUUCGAAGCCACACACCAAAAGCUAUCCCAGCUCAGCUUCUCCAGCCUCUUUGGAGGCAGUUGCAAAAGCUGGUGUUGUUUUGGGAAUUACAGAACCACACACAGCUGCCAAGGUGCUGUACAAACAGAGCCUUUCCAGCAUUGGGGAAACACCUCUCGUUCUGGCAGCGGUUCAAGCAAACGUUUCCGUUGAAAAUUUUGACAAUGCGGCCACAAUUCUUGAGAAGGCGGUUGAGAGCGACAUUUCUGUGUUGCUGAAACCUUAUAUCGCAUUGCCUCUUCUAGCCGUUUACGACACCUUGAAGAGACUCGUUUCCAAACGUGCUCUUCUCCAGAAGAUUUAUGACCAGUUAGAAAUGACAGAAAUAGUGGAUGAUGAGGAUGCAAAAUACAUCAGACACAUUGCAUUUUCUCUGAUCUCGGUGGAUGAAGAGAAAUCGAAGCAUUUAUUCCGCAAGCUAGAUAGCCAUGGAAAGGAUGCCCUAGUAAGCGCUGUUCUUGGAAACGGCGAGCCCUCGGAUUUGAUCGAGUUGGAUGAGUUGACGGAAGGAGUUGAUGUGGAGGACCUCGUGAAGAAUGGAAUUCUACCACUGAUAUCGAAUAAGAGGACUGCAUCUGCUAUCAUCACUAGCAAGCCACACAGCAAGAGACAUCGCAAGAACCCCAAACACCCAGCCAAGAUCGAAGGAGCCAAGGGUCCAGACCCAGAGAGAUGGCUGCCAGUGAAAGACCGCAGCUACUACAAAUCAAAGAAGGGAAAGAAGAACGCGCGCGAUACACAGGGUGGUGCUGCUGAUAACACAACUGAAGAGAGUGUUGGAGCUUCGAGCAUACCAGCUGCAGCUCCGGCCAAGACAGCAAGCGCGGCCAAGACUAAGAAAAAGAAGGUCAAAGGGCGUCGUUGA